UCCUUCGUGAAUAGCUCAAUUAACGCUGUACUCAACCAACGUGGGCUGUGGAUGUGGCAGCAAAGUAACGCCAGUCCUGCUGACUACGUGUCCUCUGCAGUGCACUCACAAGUGUAGUUGUGGUUGGUGUUUGUAUAUUUCCGUAUUGUCUGUAACCUGGCACUGGUUUGUGUGUUCAUCACAGCUGUCCUCAAGCAUCAGUGCCAUGUUUGCCAGGCUGGCCUUGUGCUCUCGCCUGCCAUCCAGAAACUGGCAGUCAAAUUGCAGUCGAGUUUCCAUCAGAGCUUUUUCCCAAGCUAAAUUCUCACUCCCACGUCCCCAUGGGAAGUCUUUUGCCCACCGCAGUGAGUUAAAGCAGGCCAAACGCAUUGUAGUGAAGCUGGGGAGUGCUGUGGUGACACGUGGAGAUGAGUGCGGCCUGGCACUGGGGCGACUGGCCUCAAUAGUAGAGCAGGUGGCCAUGCUACAGAAUCAAGGCAGGGAGAUGAUGAUUGUCACCAGUGGUGCUGUGGCAUUUGGGAAGCAGAGACUGAGACAUGAGAUCCUGCUGUCUCAGAGUGUCAGACAAGCCUUGCAUUCUGGACAAAACCAACUCAAAGACAUGUCAAUUCCAGUUUUGGAGGCAAGAGCCUGUGCAGCUGCUGGACAGAGCGGUCUGAUGGCGUUGUAUGAAGCUAUGUUCACCCAGUACAGCAUCUGCACUGCACAAAUUCUGGUCACCAAUCUGGAUUUUCAUGAUGAGCAGAAGCGCCGCAAUCUGAACAGCACACUUCAUGAACUGCUACGGAUGAACAUAGUUCCUAUCAUCAACACCAAUGAUGCUGUUGUUCCACCCCCUGUUCCCAACAGUGACCUACAGGGGGUAAAUGUAAUAAGUAUCAAGGAUAAUGACAGCUUGGCUGCACGACUUGCUGUUGAAAUGAAAGCGGACCUCCUUAUUGCCCUGUCUGAUGUUCAAGGCUUAUUCGACAGUCCCCCGGGAACAGAUGAUGCCAAGCUUAUUGAUAUAUUCUAUCCUGGAGACCAGCAGUCAAUCACGUACGGCACUAAGUCCAGAGUUGGCAUUGGCGGCAUGGAAGCCAAGGUCAAAGCAGCACUUUGGGCACUACAGGGUGGGACGUCUGUUGUCAUUGCCAAUGGCACAGAUCCUAAAGUCACAGGCCACGUCAUCACAGACAUUGUGGAAGGGAAGAAAGUUGGCACCUUCUUCUCAGAAGUGAAACCUGCAGGUCCAACUGUGGAGCAGCAGACAGAGAUGGCCCGGCAUGCAGGCAGGGCUUUGGCCUCCCUGCUCCCUGAACAGAGAGGAGAGAUCAUCUGCUGCCUUUCUGAGCUGCUCACAGAGAAGAAAGAAGAGAUUCUCAGUGCCAACAAGAGAGACAUGGAGUUAGCAACAGCAUCAGGUCGUUUCUCCCAGGCUCUGAUCGACCGCCUGAGUCUGUCAACUGCUAAGCUAAACAGCCUCGCCAUUGGCCUCCGUCAGCUUGCUGUGUCCUCCAGAGAUAGUGUGGGACGGGUGCUGAGGAGGACCAGGGUGGCCAACAACCUGGAGCUGGAACAGAUCACUGUCCCCAUCGGUGUCUUGCUGGUCAUUUUUGAGUCACGUCCUGAUUGUCUCCCGCAGGUGUCAGCUCUGGCUAUCGCCAGUGGAAAUGCUUUGCUACUGAAGGGGGGUAAAGAAGCUGCUCACACUAAUAAAAUUUUACAUCAACUAACCCAGGAAGCACUUUCCAUUCAUGGAGUGACAGAUGCCAUUCAACUGGUGAGCACACGAGAAGAAGUUGAGGAUCUUUGCAGACUAGAUAAGUUGAUCGACCUCAUCAUUCCAAGGGGCUCAUCCGAGCUGGUCCGGGAAAUCCAAAGGGCAGCAAAGGGUAUUCCCGUACUGGGCCACAGCGAGGGCGUUUGUCACAUCUAUGUAGACAACGAUGCCAGCAUAGACAAGGCUAUUGAUGUUGUUAAAGACUCCAAAUGUGACUACCCUGCGGCCUGUAAUGCCAUGGAGACCCUCCUUAUCCACAAAGACUUACUGCGAACUCCUAUAUUUGACCAGAUCAUUGAUAUGCUGAGAAUAGAACACGUGAAGAUUCAUGCAGGGCCCCGGUUUGCAUCCUAUUUAACUUUCAGCCCAUCCGAGGUGAAGUCUCUGAGGACAGAGUAUGGGGACCUGGAGUGCUGCAUUGAGGUGGUAGACAGCAUGCAGGAUGCUGUGGACCACAUCCACAAAUAUGGCAGCUCCCACACGGAUGUCAUUGUUACAGAAAACGAAGAAACUGCUGAACAGUUUCUGCAGCAGGUGGACAGUGCCUGUGUAUUCUGGAACUCCAGUUCUCGCUUUGCUGAUGGUUACCGCUUUGGCCUAGGCGCUGAAGUUGGUAUCAGUACGGCGCGCAUACAUGCCAGAGGUCCAGUGGGUUUGGAGGGGCUUCUGACCACCAAAUGGAUUCUUCGAGGGGAAGGGCACACUGUGGCUGACUUCUCUGAGCAAGGCAGUAUGAAAUACCUUCAUGAAAACAUCCCUAUACCCCAGGGGAGUUUUAGUUAGGUGCUCAACCAAAGAGCCAUCACCAGGAGUCAAGAUAAGUGUUGUCUGCCCAGUUUAUUUAAAGGCUUGUCUGCCAGUAGCACUUCAUCUUUUCAGCUGCUGCAUCAUCACCUGUAUAAAUCCCUCAUGGUGGUGCAGGAAGCUUGCAUGCUGAAUUGAGGCUAUUUUUACUGGACAAACAAGUUCCUGGUUUUGUGAACCUGUGCAUAAACCUCAGAAUCUGUUUUUUGUUUUUAAAGAUGAAUACCAAUCUCCUGACUGCUUCUUACACAAUAUACAUAUAUAUUAUGGUAAAAAGAAAAAAGGAAAUUAAUUCCGUUAUGUAUGUGUGACAGUGUGACAGGUGAAACUCUUUCAUCUGUAAUGUCAUUUUUUAUAAUGGCAGAAAAAUAAAUCAUUGGUCCAGCUGUGAUUUUCUAACUUAUUUUUCUACAUACAAACUCUCCAUUGGUGUUUUUGUAAUUUACUGUAAGUGUUUUGGGGUGGGAUUUUGGUUCAGUUUUAUCUUGCUGUCCUUUUUGCACAGAUGAUUGAAUAAAUACAGUGUACAGUU